UUUCUCCACUUGUCAGAGCUACUUCCAGCAUGGUUAGAAUGUUAAAUUAUAUACUGUGUGCCCCACUGCUGCCUGGAUGGGUAGUGACUAUGCAGUGGCCAUCUGGUAUUGGUUGUGAAGCUUUUUAUACACCCUUGUGCUGGCUCUGCCCGGAGUCCUCUGGGAACUGAGCUCCCCACGGAUAUGCAUCGUCCUGCUGAGGGCCCUCUUGGGAGUUAGGAAGUUCAGCCCUGGGAUUUUUAAAUCUCCGUGCCAUUUUUACCGUGACAUCCUAUUAGCAAUUUGUAAACUGGCUUAACAGAGACCUCAGAGUCCCACUCCCCUACCCGCUCCUCAAAAAUAAUGCAGAGUUGCUGGUCUUUUCUCCUAAGAUUUCAUAUUUCUGUUUUUCUUGUCCGCAGAGCUGCAGAAUCCCUACAUUGAGUUUUAGAAGGCUAUUUAAUUUUUCAAGAGCCUUGACUAGCGUCAGUUUAGGGAUUGUCCUGUCCCCUCUUUUCAUGUCGUGGAAAGGGUACGGGUUGGGAAGAGCUAGAUCCUUAAAUACGCUUCAGCCAUUUGCCUUGCUGUGAUUUUGGACAAGUUACUUCACCAUGCCACAGAUUUUGUAUUUCUUCUGUAAGAUGAGGUUCAUUCUGUCCAUCCCAGCACUAAAUGUGUACAGGGUUAGGCUGUCCUGAGUAAUCUUCCUAGGCCUGCUUUUUAGGCUGAAGUCUGAGUUCAGUGUACUUUUCUGGCCUGGAAACCAGACUGACUGAGAAGAUGCCCCACAGAGGAGCUUGAACCCAGGUGAGCUUCAGAGAUGUAUUUGUUUCUCCAGAGAAUAUACCCCUUGUCCAGUCUAGGAGGCUAUCUACAGGAAUUCAGGGAACAUAAAGAAUUUAAAAUGCCAGUUUGUAUUGAUUUUCAGGCCUAUUCACUUAGUAAGUACCACUUGCCUUUGGGGUAGAGACAGGUGAGUGGAAAGAGAUUACCAAAGCCAGAUCCCAGUCCUAACCUCACCCCUUCUCAAUGGGACUCAGAAUCUAAGUCUCUAGUUUAGGAGGGGACCGCUUAAAAGAGGUAGGAAAGGGAAGAGCAAAUCUAGGAAGGACAAGAAGCUGGGACUAGAGUACUUUGAGCUUUAGUUUUGGUAGCAACUCCUCUUAUACUCAGCCACGCUCAAAUGGUAGUCUCUCAGACUCUAUAACUUCAGGCUUUGCACCGAAGGCAUUUACUAAUCUUGGGCUUUUCCUAUAAUGAUGCCCACUUCUGGACUUGGUGGGAGCCCUGCUGGCAUAGCAGUUACGUGCCUGGCUGCAGACCAAGAGGUUUAGACCCACCAGGUAUUCCACAGGAGAAAGAUGAGGCAGUCUGCUUCUGUAAAGAUUGCAGUCUUGGGAACGUUAUGGGGCAGUUCUGCUCUGUCCUUUAGGGUUGCUAUGAGUUAGAAGGAAACCCUGGUGGCGUAGUGGUUAAGUGCUAUGGCUGUUAGCCAAAAGGUCGGCAGUUCGAAUCCACCAGGUGCUCCUAGGAAACUAUGGAGCAGUUCUACUCUGUCCUGUAGCAUCGCUAUGAGUUGUAAUCGACUCAACGGCAGUGGGUUGGUUGGUUGGUAUGAGUCAGAACUGACUCGAUGGCAACGGGUUCUAGAGUUGAAGAAACGGCAUUCUUCAUAUCUGCCUUAUGCAGGAGGAUGCUCAGGAUUCUGUAGUCUGGGAAGCAAGUGUUGGCUGCUGCAUCGUCUUAGCUCAGUGCAAUCUACCUUUGGCGCUCAUUCAGAGAAGUCAUUGGAAAGAAAGGGCAGAACUCUAACUUAGGAGCUAGUGCCUAGAGGUAGAGCCUGUGUCUUUUUAUUCACACUUUCACAGCACUGAAUAAAUUUUCACAUUAAGAGGCGAAGGCACAUGCCAGGAGUGGGCCUGAUUUUUACGUGUGGCUUGUGGUGUCAUAUAACUAUGGUUCAAAUUUCUGAAAACAUCCGAAGCAAGUAUUACUGACUAGUGAGAAUAAAUCAGUUAUGUUUAAAUUGAGACAAACACCUAAUUUUACCUAGGUUGUGUAAAUAACCCCUUAAUAUUCAUUCCCCUUGGCUUUGUGAAUGGAUACCUCCCUGUUUUACAAGCCAUCUUCCUCAUAUUCACAGCUAGCUUCAGGACACAUAAUACUCAAUAACCUUUCUGCUAAUACUGCUGAGUAAUGUAGCAGAGUAUUCCCACUUCACCCCAUGCCGCUCCAUCUCUAGAAAAUCAAGAAGUUAGCUGAGUUUUUGGUAGCAAAGCCUGCAUUAAUUUAUUAGAUUGCCAGAUUCAGGGACUAAGGAAGAAUUGGGGGUUUGAGUAAGGACACAGGGAUCCCAAAAGGGACAUUAUGUAUAUUACUGAAGAAGUUGGGGAGGUUCAGAGAGGAUAUAGCCUUGAACAGAACCUAGUGAGGAGGGGUGUUGUUUAUUUUUAAUAUAUUCCUGAACAUUGGUUCUCCACCUUAAUAAAGCUUACCUACCAAACCAUUAGGAUGAGGAGCUAAACAGAGUCUUCAUUCACGAUUUAUGUGAGAAUGGAGACAAAUGAAAAUAAUCUGGAAUUGUGGGCACAUUUCUUUAUUUAGAGUUUAAUUUUGUAAUCGUGUUUAUGCGUUUUUUAACUAAAAAUUAUGUAUAUAAUAGCACUAUUCAUUGAUAAAUCAAGCAGUUGCAUUAUAAUGAAAAUUUACCCUUAAAAAAAAACCAUCCUGAUUUGCCCUAAACCCAUAAACACUUUCAGAGCACCAUGUACUUUUAUGUUGUAGCACUGAACGUGGUUGCAAUUUUACAUUUAUGUUUCUUUGAUUAAUAUAUGUCUUUCUCCCUCACCCCAUCCCAACUGGAUUAUAAACUCUCCAAAACAGAAGUCUGUCUUUGCUUUCAAUGUUACUUUUUUUUUCCAUCAUUGUAUUUAUAGUGCACAGUUGCCUGACCCUUCAGAGGACAUGCAAUAAAAAUUGGAUGAAAGAAUCAAUGUGGUAAUAGUAGCUGUUAUUUAAAUUAAGUGAUUGUUAAUACUUAACAGUUAGCAAGUGGGUAAAAACCGUAAACUAAUGAUUGUUAUUUGCUGGAUGUCUUAGUUAUCUAGUGUUGCUGUAACAGAAAUGUUACCAAGUGAAUGGCUUUAACAAACAGUAAUUUAUUCUCUCACAGUUUAGGAAGCUAGAAGUCCCAAUUCAGGACGCUGGCUCUAGGGGAAGACUUGCUCUGUCUGUUGGCUCUGGAGGAAGGUUCUUGUCUCUUCUGAGCUUCUGUUCCCGGGCAGCCUUCAUGUGCUUGGCAUCUCUAUUCCCCCAUCUCUGCUUCCUAGCUUACUUGUUUAAUGUCUUUUAUAUUUCAAAAGAGAUUGACUCAAAAAUCUACCCCCUACACUAAUCCUGUCUCAAUUAGCAAAACAAAGAUAGCCCAUUCACAAAUGGGAUUAUAACCCCAUGCAUAGAGGUUAGGAUUUAUAAUACAUAAUUUUGGGGGACACAAUUCAAUCCAUAACAUUCAACCCUUGGGCUCCCAAAAUUCAUACCCCUGCCCCAUGCAAAACACAUUUACUCCAUCACAUCAUCCCAAAAGUCUUAAAAUCAACUGCAAGCCUAAAAUCUCGUCUUCGGAAUCAUCUAAAUCAAAUUACAGGUAAGACUUCAGGCGUAUUCCAUCCUGGGGCAGAAUAACCUGUUCAUCUGUGAACCUGUGAAAUCUACGCAACAGGUUAUCUGUUUCAAAAGUACAAUGGUGGAACAGGCACAAGGUAGACAUUUCUAUUCCAAAUAGAAGUUGGACGAAAAAAAGGAUAACGGGCACCAAGCAAGUCCAAAACCCAGCAGAACGGUUACAUUAGCUUUCAAAGCUUGAAACUAAUCCUUCACUCUUUGGGACCAUCUAGGCAAUGGCCCUGCCGGCCAGACUCUGAGUGUUGGCCACCACCUCUGGAUUCUGGGUGGCGGCUCCUCAAUCCUGGGUUUCAGCUCUGCCUUCCAGGCGCACGGGGAUGGCAGCUCUGCUCCCUCAGUACCAAAUUCUGUCUUAGUUACCUAGUGCUGCUGUAACAGAAAUACCACAAGUAAAUGGCUUUAACAAACAAAUUCGUUUUCUCACAGUUCAGGAAGCUAGAAGUCUGAAUUCAGGGUGGUGGCUCUUGCUCUCCGUUGGCUCUGAAGGAAAAUCCUUGUCUGUUUGAACUUCUGCUCCUGGACAAUCUUCAUGUGCUUGGCAUCUCUCUUCCCCUAUCCCUGCUUCCUAGCUUGCUUGUUUAAUGUCUUUUAUAUCUCAAAAGAGGUUGAUUUAAGACACACCCUACACUAAUCCCGUCUCAUUAGCAUAACAAAGGUAACCCAUUCCCAAAUGGGAUUAUAACCACAGGCACAGAGGUUAGGAUUUACAAUACACAGUUUUGGGGGACACAGUUCAAUCCAUAACACUGGGUGCUUAGAACUCUAUAGGCUGACUGUCCUGUUGCUCUGUCCUGGGUCAUUGUAUACAAAGCACUGUCUACAGCCAUGAGUGCAUAUCAAGGCUGCUUGUGAUCCCUUCACUUCAACAGCAUUCUGCAGUAGUGGUGUCAGGCCAGGUGGGGGACACACUACGCCCGCAGCUCUAGAAGAGAAACUGAGGAUGGGGAGGAGGGUAGAGUAACCUUAGAGUUAGAAGUAAAAGGCUUUUGGGGCUCUGAUUUUCACAUCUUUUCUCUGUCUAGCCAGAGUUCAGAUGUUAAAGUCAGCCAGUCAAACCUCAAAUCCCUCUGAUUUGGCUGAAGGAAUAAUUCAACCUUUCAUAGCCCAACAGUUUCUUGUCACCUCUCAAAACUGGAAAUCAAGCUAUCACAAUUUUAUUUCUGGAAAGAAACAAAAACAUUAACCAAAGAAGUUUGUCUUUGGAAGAGGGAGGAGAGAUGGUUUCUUUUUUUUUUUUCUUGUUUUGUUUCAACAUUCUGCCCAUGAAAAUGCAUUGCAUGCGUGUGUUUAUCUGUCUAUCUAAUCUAAUCUUUGUAAGGGUUAACUGGGGCUGCAGAAUUACAGGCCAGGUUUUUUUCCUUUCCGUAUUAAAAAAAAUUAAUGAUUUUUUGUGUGUGUGUGUCUCACAUUCCGUACAUCUUCUCAUCUAUUUUCCAUCAUUACAACCAGUUCCUGCUGUUUUUCCCCUCAAGACUCCCUCAAUUCUUCUACUCCCGUUGAACCAGGGCAAUAUACCUUCUUCAGGAAUCUGCUACCCUUCUUCUCCCUCUCUUCCUCUUCCCUUUUUGUUAUCCCAACUUCUGUUGAGCUGGUUGUGCAUAUUCGUUGAAACCCUGGCGGUGUAGUGGAUAAGGGCUAUGGCUCCUAACGAAAAGGUCAGGUCGAUAGUUUGAAUCUACCAGGUGCUGCUUGGAAACUCUGGGGCAGUUCUACUCUGUCCUAUAGGGCCCCUAUGAGUCGGAGUCGACUCAGUGGCAAUGGUUUUUUUUAAAUUUGUACAGGCACUUGGACAUUAUAUAAAUCAAGCUACCUGUCUUCACAAAACUUACUUUUAUUCAGGUCCACAAAAGCUAUCACAAACUUUGUUACAUACAAAAGGACAGAAGACUACUACUAUCUAGAUGUAGUAAAUUAAAACUUUACAGGCUUUUGUUCCAUUUGUAGAGGAUCAGGCAAGGAAGGAAUUUUGUAGAAAACAAGGGAAAUGGGCAUGCUUAAAGGAAGUGAGUGAGCAGGGUGAAAAUAGAAGGCAGAGUUACAUAAUGAGAGAACAAAAGAGAGAGUGGAGAAAGAUAGCAAGGAGAUAAAAAGUAUAUUGAGGUAUUAUUUACAUUCUUGGCUUUCUGAUACUCUGCCCCCCGCUAAGGUUCCAUCCAUCCUUUCCAUAGCCUACCUGCAUAAGAUGAUUAUGAUGACAUUGUUAUUGACUCACCAACCUGUCUUUCUUUUCAGGAGCAAUUCAGGUUUCCAAAAGGAAGGACUGCAGCAGACAUCUCUGCCUCAGGGAGGCCUGGAUGGAAGCCACAGAGUCCACAGAAGUGAUGAGCGCCCUUGUGGCCAAUAGGCAGUUACCUAAAGGGUCUGACUUCCAGAAGGUGGGUAUAGCUGCUGGGGAAGGGAUAGGUUGUGGAGAAGACGCUGCAGUUUCACUUUCCAGGAAAUGAUGAGUUGGGUGAGUAAAUACUUCUAUGUGUGUUUGUAUCUUCAUACCAAUAGAGGAGGCACAAGGUGAAGAUGGGCAUAGAAGGUGCCCCUCCUCACCUCAUUUAGCAUUGAAUCAGCUAUCACCUAAACUUCCAUCUCUCAUUUUGUGCCACGAUACCGUGUUAGAGCUGUGGAGUUUGGGUUUGUCCAUCCCUUCUGGGCCCUGUGCCCAAAUGUCCCUAGCAAGUAGAACAUCUUCCAUCUCUGUUCCAGUGUCCCUUACCAAAAUCAAGGUAACAAUUGGGCAUGUCCUUAGAGGAGUGUGAUAUGAAUAGUUAAAGGAAGUUGCCAGGAAGGAGGUAUAAUCACAAAAAGGAUGUCUGAGAAAUUCUGGGGUAUCACACCCUGUCUUAGUUAUCUAGUGCUGCUAUAACAGAAAUACCACAGGUGGAUGGCUUUAACAAAGAGAAAUUUAUUUCUUCACAGUAAAGUAGGCUAAAAGUCCAAAUUCAGGGCGUCAGCUCCAAGGGAAGGCUUUCUCCCUCUGUUGGCCUUUUCAUCAAUCUUCCCCUGGACAAGGAGCUUCUCUGCACAGGGACCCCAGGUCCAAAGGACUCACUCUGCUCCUGGCACUGCUUUCUUGGUGGUAUGCGGUUCCCAGCCCCCAGCAUCUCUCUGCUUGCUACUCUCUUUUCUCUCUCAGGAGAUUCUCUUAAGACACAAUCCAAUGUUGUAGACUGAGUCCUGCCUCAUUAACACAACUGCUGCCCAUCGUUCCUCAUUAACAUCAUAGAGGCAGGAUUUACAACAUAUAGGAAAAUCACACAAUAUGCGGAAUCCUGGCCCAGCCAAAUUGAUAACACACAUUUUUGGGAGACAUAAUUCAAUCCAUGACUUAACCCCAUUCAGAUUUACUGCUUCUGCACACACUGAAACGUCAGGUACGUGGAAGCAGCAAGCAUCCUUUCAAAAUACUGAGGAAACCCCUUAGUCUUGUCCGUCUAAAUUGCCAGUAGGUGCUUCUUUUGUACUUUGUGAUUCUGGGAGGGAGAAUACAGUGGGGUUGAGAACAAGAACAACAACAAAAAAAAAAUAAGCUGACCUUUAAGUUCUUCAGAUGCUUAAGUUCAUUUAAAUCUGAGCUAUCCCAGUUCCAGAUUUAUCUAGAAGACCAUUAGCGUAGUUUUGUCCCUUAUUUGUAAAUCGAGGCACUUUUAGGAUCCUGGGGGUCUAGUUUACUGUCCAAAUACAUCUGUGGUUUUGGUAAUUUUGGGGAGUACUCACGAUGUCAUAAAUACAAAGAACUGCAUAAUGUACAAACAAAGCCAUCAGUAGAAAAGGGAUAAGAGGUGUAUCAGGGCCUCUUGCUGCUGAGGUUUUAUCAGUUGAAGGACUACUCAUUCCUGAGGCGUGACCCUGUGGAUGAAGCAAUGGAAAGCAGUCUGGUGCCAGGGCUGCCAGCACAUUGUCACCACCACUUUCCUUCCCUGCGCCAGCCUAAGAUCUGUUUCUCUUCAGCCACCACAUUCCUCUGCUCAGGAACAGUCAAGGGUGUGGGUCACAAGCUUUCAUCCCUAACUGUGAAUUCCAUUCCUACCUCCAGCCCGUUUUGCUGCUUGAACCCCCGUUUUCCAGUGGUGUGUGAAGUACAUGACUGAGGUGUGCUGAUCUGGGGGAUGGGCAGGGGAAGGGGAACAUUUUUGAGAAUAAUAUUUCUCUCUUGGGGCUUCUUUUGUUUGAUAUGUUAGCAUUUGUAUAUAUUCAGAGUGAUGAAAUAUUUAAGAUCUAUUCCUUUUUUAUUGACAUAUAAUUCACAUAACAUUACAUUUCACAUGACAAAAUUCACCAUUUUAAAGUAUACUUUAAAAUGGUGAUUUUUUGGUAUAUUCACAAGGUUGUGCAGUCAUCACCACUAUCUAAUUCCAGGAUGUUUCCAUCACUCCCCCGAAAACCUUGUGCGUAUUACCCAGUGUACAUAUUAGUCUCUCCCAAUUCCCUCCUGCCCCCAGCAUCUGGCAACCGCUAAUCUACUUUCUGUCUCUAUGGAUUUGCCUAUUCUGGACAUUUCAUAUGCAUGGAGUCCUACAACAUGUGGCCUUUUGUGUCUGGCUUCUUUACUCAGCAUAAUGUUUCCAAGGUUCAUCCAUGUUGUAGCAUGCAUGUAUCAGUUGUAGCAGUGCUUGCUUCUGUAUUAUGGCUGAAUAGUAUUCUGUUGUUUUUCUAGUCAUUUUGUUUAUCUAGUCAUCAGUUGCUUGGCAUUUAGAUUAUUUCCACUUUUUGGCUAUUAUGAACUAAUGCUAUGAACAUUUAUGUACAAAUGUUUGCGGGACCUAUGGUUCUAAUUCUUCGGGAUAUAUACCUAGGAGUGGAAUUGCUGUGUCGUAUGUAACUCUGUUUAACUUUUUUUUUUUAAAUAAACUUUUAUAUUAAAGUAUAAUAUUCAUAUUUUAAAAAAGCACACACAUCAGAAGUGUUUAGCUCAACAAUACUCAGAAAGUAAACACAUCUGGGUAACUAACACCGAAAUCAAGAAAGAGAAUAUGACCAACACCCCUAAAGCUCCUCUCAUGCCCUCUUCCACUUGCUACUUUCCCAAAAUAUAGCCAUUAUUCUUCUGUUGCAAGCGCUUUUUUUAUUACUGAGGUGAAAGUUCAAUAAUGUAAAAUUAAAGGUAUGGAACAAGUCAAUGUCAUUUAGUACAUUCACCAUAUUUUACAACCACCAGUUCUAAUUCUAAAACAUUUCAUCACCCCAAAAUAAAAACCAAACCCAUUAAGCAGUUAGUCCCCAUUCCCCAUUCUCCUUCACCCGAGCCCCAGUGAAACCCUCUUCCUAAAUGUUUCUUCGUUGGGAGGUUUUGGAUUACUGAUUCAGUUUCUUUUCUUGUUAUAGAUCUGUUCAGAUUUUCUGUUUCUUCUUGAGUCAGUUUUGGUAAUUUGUACGUGUUUAGGAAUUUUUCCAUUUCAUCUGUGUUUUCUAAUUUUUUUGGUGUACAGUUGUCAAUAGUAUUAUAAUCCUUUUUAUUUCUGUAUGAUUGGUAAUAAUGUCCCUACUUUCAUUUCUGUCUUUAGUUAUUUGUAUCUUCUCUUUUUUUUCCUUAGUCGUCUUAGCUAAAGGUUUUUCAAUUGCAUUGACUUUUUCAAAGAACCAACUUUUGGUUUCAUUGAUUCUCUGUAAUGUUUUUCUAUUCUCUAUUUUGUUUAUCUCCACUCUAAUCUUUAUUUCCUUUCUUCUACUAGCUUUGGGUUUAAUUUCCUUUUCUUUUUCUAGUUGCUUGUUGUAGAACUGUUUAUUUCUCCCUUUAGUUCUGACAAUGUUUGCUUCGUGUAUUUUAUGUUUCAUAUAUUUUGGUGAGUCUGUGUUUAUAAUUGUUAUAUCUUCUUGAUGAAUUGUUCCUCCUUUGUCUCUUGUAACAAUUUUUGGCUUAAAGUCUAUUUUGUCUGAUAUUAAUAUAGCCACCCCAGCUUUCUUUUGGUUUGCAUGGACUAUCUUUAUCCAUCCUUCCACUUUGAACCUAUUUGUGUCUUUAAAGUGAUUCUCUUAUAGACAGAAUAUAUUAUAUUUUUAUGCAAAUAAUACAUGCCUUCUAUGUUUCUUUGCCACCGGUGCCCUUCCCCAUGAGGUAUUCUCAUAAGUGCCGCUAUGCCAAUUAUUUUUUAGUGUAAAAAAAAAUUGGCAUAUUGGCACUUAUGAAAAUACCUCGUGGUGCGAGGGCAAGGUUAGCAAACAAACGUAGAAGGCACACAUUAUUAAUGUAAAAAUAUCGUAGUUGGAUCCCUGAAAAUCAUACAUUAAGAAAGUACGUAUAUAGUACUAUCUACAGUGUCAGACCCUUUGUACAAGAUGAUAAAAUGCUUAAAUACAAGAUGCUUUUCUUCUACUACAAAGGCGCAUGUUAUAAUAGGUUAUAUUAAUUAGGAGUUUUUGGUUGCGAGUAACAGAAACCUAAUUCAAACAAGCUUGAGAAAAAUAAAAGGGUGGGAGGAUUUUGUGGCUUGGUAACUGAGAAACUAAGGUUGACCUAGAUCCUGGAAGGCAGAGAUGUCACUAGAACUCUCUUCUUCACUCCUGCAGCUCUGCUUGACUCUGUUCAUUUCUUCUUCACCUCAUUUUGAGAGCUCUUUCCACUCGAGCAGGAUGGUCCCCAUCAGUCUCAAGCUGCCAUGGCCUUGUAAGCUUCCAUCUAGAAAAUGACAAUGUAUCUUUUCUGGUAACACUAAAAGUCUCAGGGAGGACACCGAUUAGUCUAUCUUGGGUCACAUUUCUAUCUCGGAACCAGCACUGUGGUCAGGUGGUUGGGGUACUCAGACCAGGCCCAGGUCACAAGUUCACCAUGGGAAGGCAGGGUCUGCCCUACUGAACCGUCUUGACAUAAGUUGCAUUAACAUGGUCUCGAGGAAGAUGAGGUUCUCCAAAAUAAAUUCUGCUAAACAGAAAAUAAAAAUGUCCUCUAUAGAGCUGCAGAGAUUUAGUGCCUUCUUUCUUUUUAGCCUUUCUCUUUGUGACUUUUCAUCAAGAGAUGGGUGCCCAGGUUCUUGUCUCCAGUACGAUAGUAGCUGCGCCUCCUUUUUUUUUUUUAGUAGAGAUUAGAAAUAAGAACUUUAUAGCCUUGCCUGUUCCAAAAGCUCAGAAUAAGAAGAGAAAAACCCCAGUCAUUUUGGAGUUGAGAAGAAGCUGGGGCUUGACUCCUGAUUCUGUGACCUUGAGCUUCAUAGAGGAACUAAAAGACUCCUUUGUUGAAAGGUAAGCAUUUGCAUUUGUCUGAAUCCUUAAGUUUAAACCCUUUUAGCUUUGUUAACAUACUGUCAUGAUCUAGAAGAACUGUACUCACAUAUUAUAAAGAGUUACCUCCCCCUAGACCUUAGUACAGAGAUGAAGAAGUUUGUGGUAGUUUAUGCCAAUUCCAAAGAGCAUUGUUACCAUUACUAGAAUGAUAAGCAAACUGACCACUGAGUUUCACUCCUCUUUUUUUUUUUUUUACCUCCUUAGUUUCUGGCAUAUGGAUACAUUUUCAUGCUACAGAUAUUUGGGAGUAGUUACUUUUAUAUAUUCUCAGAUGAAAUACACAUUUCCAGAUGAUACUACAGAAGCCAAAUCCAUCUUUACAUAGAAGGCCAUCGUUCAAAACUGUUAUUGAUUUCUUUAUGAGCAAAGAUUAAAGGCAGUCGUGGUGAAGGGUCAGGGGGUCCUCUAUGCAGUCUUGAUUCUGAAUUAGUCCAGCUGAUUUCACUGAGUCACAAAAUGUAACCCACUCAGUAAAUCCCAAGCUACCAGUACAGAUAGCUAUACAGAGAUUGCCUUCAAUAGGUUCCUGUGAUGCCAAAAUGAUGCUGGAAAACAAGGGGAAAAAAUCAAACAGAUUCUUGAAAGAGUCAUAGGAGAUGUAUGGCUAUUAAGCAACAAUUCUCUACAGGUAGGGGGAUUAGUGUGUUUUUAUUAAAGCAUAUUCAUUCUAUUUGUUUUUCUGUAUAUUUCCAUUUGUAUUACAUUUUUUAAAAGUAAUAUAAACUACAGAAAGUAGGGUUUUCUUGCUGGAGGGGAUGUGCGGAAGAUGGAGUGAGAAAGCUUAAGGGAUAUGGGUAAUAAAGAUUAAGAAAUACACUCUAAAGAGGUAAGACUGAUUUUUCACAGACAUACCAGAACCAGGUACUUUCCCUUUUAAAAGUGUCGUCUAGGAGCAAAGUUCUUGAUAAUGCCUUAAAAGGCACAAGCCUAUGACCAUUUAGUUGAGUAAGUCUACAAAAACUCACUGCAAAGCUAACCUGCCAUAUAGUAGCAGCCAUAUAUGCAAGGUUCUUUAUAGUUUAUAUAACACAUUCUCUGAUUUGCCACAUAUUUAAUGAUAGACAUAAUUGUGCUACAUGCUAAUUAAGCUUAAUUAGCAAGUUCUUAUGGAUGACUAAUUAAUGGGACUGGUUUGCUGCCAAAACAAAAUUUCAGUUCCCUUUUUACAUUAUGAGCUACCUAGUAUUUAUAAUCAGGAUCAGUGUAAAUUAUAUUCCCUUUUGGGCAUCAUACAUACUGAUCCUCAUGUACAUUAAGAAAUUCCUGAGAUCUUACUCCUAGGCAGGUGAGCUUCCCUCACUCCAGGGCUUCUGUUACUACUAGUGUCCCAUUAACUCUCAACCCCUUCCUAUUCCUACAUCUCUGUCUAACUUCCUAUUCCUACUGACGCUCGUCUACUUAUACCUGAGGGGGACUUGCAUAUAACAUUUACCAUUCAUUCACCAACAAAUGUUUAUUGAACAUGUAUGCCAAAAGUUGAGCAAGGCACUAGAAACAUACACAGGGGUUGGCAAGACAACCCUGGUCCCUGCCCCCGUGGAGCUUACAGACUAAUAGGGUAGACAAAGCCUAGACUAGGGUCGGGGAGGUAGGCAGGAAGUUGGCAGGCCUAUUUGACUCUUUCACUAAGCUACAACCUAGCCUUUACCGGUAAUGCAUGGGUCUCCAUCUGCCUUUUAUCCCUCAUUUUGUCCAGCAGUCAGGCAAGGAAAACAGGGUUGUCAUUGAUUGGGCCCCCUCAGCCCUAUAGCACAGGCUGUAAUGGGAUAUAGUACUUGGGACCAAUAGCCUGGUAUUGAGUAGGUGAGGGAGCUGAGUGAGCUGAGUGAGGCAGGAAUUGGUAAGGUGAAGUUAUUAGAGAAGUGAGUUCCCAGCAAAGAGACAGCAUUUGCAAAGGCCUUGAGGCAGAAAAGAGUUUGGCAGGUUUAAGAAGCUCAUUUAGUAUGGAUUAUGCAACAGGAAGAAUGGCUAGAAGAUUGUAGAGGUGGAGGGCCUGGGUAUGGAGGGUUUUAGAGCCAAGUUAAAAACUUUAUCCUGCUGCCACUGCGAAGCCAUGGAAAGGUUUCAGUGACAUUUUCGUGCCCCUUGUCUCUCAACCCAUUAUUUCCUGGACAGGCCCUCUUUUCUUCAGGUACAGAGCUACCAUACAGAUAAAUUUACCAUCCUUUCAGGCUGAAACACGUGGACAACUUAGUAGAAAUCAAGCUUAGGAGCAUAGAGUGGGAAGAGUGUGGACUCUGGAGUCAGAAUUCUUGGGGCCUGUAUAAUGUUGAAGAAAGUUCUUAACCUCUCCAAGCCACUUUCCUUUUCUGUACUUGUGUUAAUGUAACAUACAUACCCCUCAUCAGGUUGUUGCAAGGAUCAGAAAUAACAGGUACAGUGACUGACAUUCCAUAGACGGUAGCUGUCAUUAUUUCAGCAAUGCUCUCUUGCUCACACAAAUUCAAAACUCCUCUUUGGGAAUGGAAUCACAGAAUCAUAGAUUGUCAAAUUGUGAAGAAACCUUCAAGGCCUGUCAGCUUAUGAUGUUUUCAUCCCUUAUGCACACUGAUGAUCAGUUGGUUUGUUGUCCAGUGUUACUUAUAUCCAGACAGGAAGCUCACUACUGUUUGAGGCGGCCUCUUCAUGUUUGGGCUCUGUUAAAAGGUUCUUUCUUAGACUGAAUCCAAAUCUAUCUUCCAGUGGUCUCUAUCUAGGGGUCUUGGUAGUGCCCCUAAUACUUUUUGUGACAGCAUUCUAGGUGUUUCAGGUCAUUGUCUCCACCCCCACCCCCUCCCCACUCACCUAGAAUUGAAAAGCUGAAGGGGAAAAAAAAAGUUGAAGAGCCUUUCUCACAGCAGUAAUAACAAUAUCAGUUCAUCAAGAAAACACAACAAUCCUAAAACUUAAGUGUACCUAAUUGUUGUUGUUAUCAGGUGCUAUUGAGUCGAUUCCAACUCAUAGUGACACUAUGUACAACAGAAUGAAACACUGCCCAGCCCUGCACUAUCCUCCCAAUUGUUAUGCUUGAGCCCAUUGUUGCAGCCACUGUGUCAUUCCAUCUUGUUGAGGGUCUUGAUCUUUUUCACUGACCCUCCAUUUUAUCAAACAUAAUGUUCUCUAGGAACCGGUCCCUCCUGAUAACAUGUCCAAAGCAUGUGAGACGAAGUCUCUCUAUCCUUGCUUUUAAGGAGCAUUCUGGCUGUACUACUUCCAAGACAGAUUUGUUCGUUCUUUUGGCAAUCCGUGGUAUAUUCAGUAUUCUUUACCAGCACCACAAUUCAAAGGCAUCACUUCUUCUUCAGCCUUAGUUAUCCCACAGCUUUCACAUGCAGAUGAGGCCAUUGAAAACAGGUGCACCUCAGUCUUCAAGGUGACAUAUUUACUUUUUAACACUUUAAAGAGGUCUUUUGCAGCAGAUUUCCUCAGUGCAGUGUAUCUUUUGAUUUCUUGACUGCUGCUUCCAUGGGUGUUGAUAGUGGAUUUAAGUAGAAUAAAAUCCCCAACUCAGCCUUUUCUCCAUUUAUCAUGAUGUUGCUUAUCAGUUCAUUUCUGAGGAUUUUUGUUUUAUGUUGAGGUGUAAUCCAUAAUGAAGCCUGCGGUCUUUGAUCUUCAUCAGUAAGUGCUUCAAGUCUUCACUUUCAGCAAGCAAGGUUGUGUCAUCUAUAUAAACGCAGGUCGUUAAUGAGUUUUCCUCCAAUCUUGAUAGUCCAGCUUUUCGGAUUAUUCGCUCAGCAUACAGAUUGAAUAAGCAUAGUGAAAGGAUACAACCCUGAUGCACAAUUUUCCUAACUUUAAACCGUGCAGUAUCCCCUUAUUCUGUUGGAAUGACUACCUCGUGAUCUAUGUACAGGUUCCUCAUGAGCACAAUUAAGUGUUCUGGAAUUCCCAUUCUUGGUGGUGUUAUCCAUAAUUUGUUGUGAUCCGCACAGUCAAAUGCUUUUGCAAAGUCAAUAAAACACAGGUAAUAGUGCUUAAAAACAUGAAGCCAAAAGUAUUAGGGGAAGAUUUUUAAUAGUAAUAAUAGUAGUUAUCAUGUAAUGAACACUCACACUCUACUGAGUGCUAGAGAUAUACAGAAAAGUAAGCCUCAAUCCUGUGAAUUGAAAGUACGACAAGUAAACAAGUAUGAAAACAUUAUGGAUACUGUGAGAGAGGUCUGUGCAGGGGACACGGGCGGGGAAGAUUGUCACCUGGUCCUCAUGAGAAAGGGGCUUGCCUCUUAGAGGAGAUGGUACAAAUUGCACCUUGACCAUUGAGCAGGUAUAAUAUACACUCAGCUGGAUUUAUCCAUUUGUGGUAUUUGUUAAAAUACCAUUUUAGUGAGUUUAGCCACAACAACUGUUUUUUUUUUAAAACAACCACUGUCAGUAACAGCAAAUACAUUCCUACAAGAAAUGUUGGUUUUCCCUGUUAGCAUUUGUAAAAAAGGAGUCAGGGUAGUCUGACCUCCUCUAACUUCACAAGGGGGAAAGAGAAUCAAGAUCAACAGCCCAAGGCUGAUUCCUAUGGAGGUCAGAUAUGGCUCCUCUCUCCACUAUCUUUACCAUUUCUGACACCAGCCAUCCCCCCUACAGCACUCUCUACUUGUUUUCUGAGUUCGAUAAUUCAUUGCAACGACCACACAGAAGUCACAGACAAUACUCACGAUUAUGGGGUUUAUUAGGGAAAUAAUAGGUUGCAGUUCAGGUUCAGGAACACUCAGGAUACAGUUCUUCCAUCAGGACAGCCUCUGUUCAGUUAUGCCCACAGGCAUGCUUCUCUCUGGCUCCUCAGCCUCUGCCUUGCUUGGGCAAGUGUUACAAAGCUCUUUUAGCCCUGCCAAUAAGUACCCCAAGACACCGCACUGCAGCAGUAAGCCUUGGACCGAAGAUGCUCAGCUCAGGCUCAGUAGGUCAGCAAACCUAACUCCACCCAGGGCCCAGAGGCACCCUACUCUGGCAGCAAGCCUCCUGCCCAAAGGGACUCAGCUUCUCAUACCGUGGGCCUGAGAGCCCACUGUGCCAUCUCCUGCUGCUGCUUAUCUGCCACUGUUUCUUCCUGUCUUCAGUGUUCCUGCUCUCUCUCUCUCUUUCUUUCUAUGUCUCAGUCUGUGUCUUCUGGUUCCAGGAGGUUCUCAGUGCAGGGAUCCCGGGUCCAAAGGAUACACUCCGCUCCUGGUUCUCCCUCCCUGGUUGUGGUGGGAUCCUGUCUUUCCCGCCUCUGGGGUGGCUCAUUUCAAGCAAAACUGACCAACCCCCUUCGUGGGCCACAGUUACUUUAUUGGUACAGUUCCACCCAGUCACUGUGUGUGAGUGACAAAGGCCAUGGCUAGAAGGGCCACAUUAAGUAACUCAUUGCACUGCAGCAUUCUGUACAAAGCCUCUUUGUAAAGAAUAACAAAAACCAGGCAAGAAAGGAGUGAAAUGCUGUGAUUUGCUGUAUGUGCAAAUGGAUGGCAACUGUUUGGAAAGGAGCCUCCACUAGCCUUUUCUCAGCACUGACCUGGAAGAGCUAAAGGAUGCUGUAUUUGUCGUGGCUAUAGAAUACGGGAAUGUCACAGAAAACGGGAAGCAGUAAAGCAUUUGCCCCACUGACAUUGCAACUUGUGUGAAAACAGCAUGGAACUCACACUCAGAUGCUUGCUUCUUGGUUUUGGACCCUGUGCUGGAUACUAGGGUAAAGAUGACCUGCCUAGGAGGCAUGAGGCACCUGCAGAAGGUGAUCUUAGGUAGAAGGUGCCUGGAGGCCUUGGGAAGGGAUUAUUUGAUGUGCUGUGGAAGUUCUAAGGAGGAUAGAUCCCUGGGCAGAUAAAGUUAGGCCUUCCUAGAGGAUGAAGCAUGUCUACAAAUAAAGACAUCAGUGCAGUGCUUCACUCUCCUAACGUGGAGGCUUCUCCAUGAGAGCCAUAGAGAACCUUUUGGCAGUGAACUUAAAACUGCCUUCUUCAAGAAGAAACAAAUGAGGCAGAAGCACAAGAGUAAAACUCAGAUGAGGAUUAAAAUAAACAAUAAACCCAUUGUUGUCAGCUCCAACUCAUAGUGACUAUAGAACAGAGUAGGACUGGCCCAUAGGAUUUCCAACACUAAAUCUUUAUGGAAGCAGACUGCCACCUCUUUGUCCUGCAGAGAGGCUGGUGGGCUUGAACCUCCGACGUUUCAGUUAGCAGCCAAGCUCUUAACUACUGCACCACCAGGGCUCCUAUCAGUGGAGGAUAAAACUGUAAUAUUUUUCAAGUUUGUUAUAACUAUUUUCAACAGCUAUAAAACUAAGGAUCUUUAAAUAGUCUCCAUAGCAAGAAACAAAUAAUGAAAAAGUGUAGACAAACUUGUCCACAAUGUAUAAGCCUUACACCCUUAGAAGUCAACAAGGAGGAUAAAACAAGUGUUGUAAGCAAAAGGUACUGAUGGAGACAAUGUAGGAAAUAAGAAUGUUGAGUGGAAGUUCAUAGACUUCCAGGGACCUUAGGCACUACCCCAUCCCCAUUGCUCAUAUGAAUCCAGAGAGGAUCUUGGACUCCUAGCAGGGCACAGGACUACAGCCCAGUGAUGAAUUUAGUAAACAUGGUCCCUUCAGCCCUUUCUGAGCUGGCUUGACAUAAGAAACGAGCUUACUCCAGAAAACUUUUCCACCACAAUACAUCAUGGAGGGGUUGUCUCCUUUGCUGGUCAACUGGCACCAGGUAAUUAGCUCUCCCUCUUGCUCCUCACUUGCUUAAGUACUGUUUGUUUUUAGUUUCUCUUCUUUUAACUAGUUCCCUUCAGGAUGUUUUAUUAUCAUUGCUAUUGAGACCUAAUUCAUAUAUCAAAAAAUUUACUCUUUUAAAGUGUAUAAUUCAGUAGUUUCUGGUACAUUCAUAAGACUGUGCAACCAUCACCACUAUCUAAUUCUCAAACAUUUUCAUUUCCCCAAAAAGAAACCUGGCACCCAUUAGCAAAAGACAAAAACAAGACCAGUUGCCACUGAGUAGAUUCCGACUCAUGGCAACCCCAUGUGUUUCAUAGUAGAACUGUGCUACAUAGGGUUUUCAUGAAUGGAACCUUUUGGAAGCAUAUUACCCGGCUUUUCUUCUGAGGCACCGCUGGGAGGUUCAAACCACCAACCUUCUGGUUAGUAGCUGAGCACUUAACCAUGUUCGCCACCCAGGAACUCCUGUACCCAUUAGCAGACAAUCCCAAUUCCUCCUCCCUCCAACCCCUGGUAAUCACUAAAUCUACUUUCUUCCUCUAUGGAUUUACCCAUUUUGGACAUUUUGUACAAAUGGAAUCAUACAAUAUGUGGUCUUUUUGUCUGUCUUCUUUCAGUUAACAAUGCUUUUAAUGUUCAUCCAUGUGUAGCAUGUAUCAGUAUUCCAUCCCUUUUUAUGCUGAAUAAAUCAUUGCAUGGAUAUACCACACCAGGUGAUAGGCUUUAAGGUGUUUUCACCUUUUGGCUAUUGGGAAUACUGCUGCUGUGAACACUCGUCUACAAGUUUGUGUGUGAACAUGUUUUCAAUUCUUUGGCGUAGUGGUUAAGUGCUACGGCUGCUAAACAAAGGGUCAGCAGUUCAAAUCCCCCACGCACUCCUUGGAAACUCUAUGGGGCAGCCCCACUCUGUCCUAUAGGGUCGCUGUGAGUCGGAAUCGACUCGACGGCACUGGGUUUUUUUAUACCUAGGAGUGGAAUUGGCAAUAUGGUAACUCGAUGUCUAACGUUUUGAGAAACUGCCAGACUGUUUUCCAAAGCAGCUACUCCAUCUCACAUUCCCACCAGCAGUGUAUAAGUGAUCCAGUUUCUCUACAACCACACCAACACUUUUUAUUGUCCAUCUUUUUAAUUCUAGUCACCCUAGUGGGUGUGAAGUGUUAUCUCAUUGUGGUCCUGAUUUGUAUUUCCCUAAUGCUAGUGAAAAAGAUUCCUGAGAAGGGAAAAUGGUUAAGCACUGGACUGAUAGAAAGGUUGGCUGUUCGAACAUACCCAAGGGCAAUCUGCUUCCAAAAGGUCACAUUCUUGCAAACCGUAUGGAGCAGUUCUACUCUGCGCACAUGAAGUCACCAUGAUUAGGAAUUGACUCCACAGCAAUGGGUUUGGGUUUUUUGGUUUUUAAAUAAACGUUGAGCAUCUUUUCAUGUGCUUAAUGGUGCUAUUACUGAUAUCUUUAAUUCAUUAUAUCAUUAAUAUCACACACAAGUGACAUUUUGCUGAAGAUCAUUCAAAAGCAUUUAUCAACAGGGAACAGCCAGAAGUUCAAGCCAGAUUCAGAAGAGGAUGUGGAACUAGGGAUAUCUUUGCUGAUGUUAGGUGGAUCUUGGCUGAAAGAAGAGAACAGUAGAAACAUGUUUAAUCUGUGUUUUAUUGACCAUGCAAAGGCAUUCAGAUGUGUGGAUCAUAACAAAUUAUGGAUAACAUUGCAAAGAAUGGAGUUCCAGAACACUUAAUUUUGCUCAUGAGGAACCUGUACAUAGACCAAGAGGCAGUCGGAUUCCAAGAGAACAAGGGAAUACUGAGUGGUUUAAAGUUAGGAAAGUUGUGCGUCAGGAUUCUAUCCUUUCACCAUAAUUAUUUUAUCUGUAUGCUAAGCACAUAACCCAAGAAGCUGGACUAUAUAAAGAAGAACUCGGCAUCAGGAUUGGAGGAAGUCCCGUUAACAACCUGUGUUAUAUAGACCACACAACCUUACUUACUGAAAGUGAAGAGAACUUGAAGCACUUACUGAUGAGGAUCAAAGACCACAGCCUUCCGUAUGGAUUACACCUCAGCAUAAGGAAAACAAAAAUCCUCAACUGCACCAAUAAGCAACAACAUGGUAAACGGAGAAAAGAUUGAAUUUGUCAAGGAUUUCAUUUUACUUUGAUCCACAAUUAGUGCCCCCAUGGAAGCAACCAUCAAGUAAUCAAACAACACAUUGCUUUGGGCAAAUGGGCUGCAAAAGAUCUCUUUAAAGUGUUAAGAAGUAAAGAUGUCACUUUAAGAACUAAGGUGUGCCUGACCCAAGCCAUGGUAUUUUCAGUCACCUCAUGGGCAUAGAGAAGCUGGACAAUGAGUAAGGAAGACCGAAGAAGAAUUGAUGGUUUUGAAUUAGGGUGUUGGCAAAGAAUAUUGAAUACGCCAUGGACUGCCAAAAGAACAAACAAAUCUGUCUUGGAAGAAGUACAGCCAGAAUGCUCCCUAAAAGCAAGGAUGGCGAGACUUCAUCUCACAUACUUUGGACAUGUUAUCAGGAGGGACCGGUCCCUGGAGAAGGACAUCAUGCUUGGUAAAGUGGAGGGUCAGUGAAAAAGAGGAAGACCUUUAAUGCCAUGGAGUGACACAGUGGUUGCAACAGUGUGCUCAAGCAUAACAAUGAUUGUGAGGAUGGCACAGGACUGGGCAGUGUUCUGUUGUACAUCGGGUCGCUGUGAGUCAGAACCGGCUCAAGGGCACCUAAGGACAACAAUAGUGCUAUUUGAAUAUCUUCUUUGGAAAAUGUCUGUUUAAAAUCUUUGCUCAUAUUUUAAUUGGGUUAUCUUUUUAUUGCUGUGUUGUAAGAGCUCUUUGUUCUGGAUAUUAAACUCUUAAUAUAUUUUCUUCCAUUGGGUUGGUUGUCUUUCACUUUUUUUUUUCCCCCACUUUUUUGGUAGUGUCUUUUGAAGCACUGCUGAGCUACUUUAAACAAAUAUUUCAAACUAAAAUUAGACUUAUCUGAUUUUAAAGAAAACUAAAUUAGACAUAUGUAAUUGGUGUCUAAACUAUACUUUUAAAUGUAAUAAGGAAGCAUUACACUUUUACAAGCAAACCUUUGUAUGCAGACCACGUUUUGAGGAUUCCAAACUAAAUCCUGAGCCCGUUAAGGGACCUAACAGAAUGACAGCUAUCACUUCUAUGGAAUUUAUGUGCCAGGCACUGUUUGGGCACUUCACGUAUAUUAGCUCAUCAAAUUCUCACAACAAUCCUAUGAGAUAGAGACUGUUAUCAUAAUAUUUAUUGUACUGCUAAGAAAACGGAGGCAGAGGGAGGUUAAGUAAUUUUCCUGAAGCCAAACAAUAAGUAGCAGAGAUGGGCUCUGAGUCUGGCUCCAGAUUCCCUUGCUCUUAACCAUUCUCCUAAAGUACCAGCACGGGAUUCGACCAUUUCAAAGAAGCUUAUCCCCUCGCUUUGGGGACAGAAUCUAGUGUUUUCAUGGUGUCUGCACGCUGGGCAUUUUUCCUCUCGGUACCAAGCCACCCAUGUGUCUUCCUUGCAUCGCUUCCCUCCCGGUCCGGAACCCGCUUGGUUUCAGGACCCUUCCUCCUAAAGUGUGAGAGGCUUUAGUAUUCUUCAAAGCAACUGGGAAGUCGCCUGCGUCGCGCAGGUUCUAAAUUCCUAGCGGCCUAUGGUCGCCGAGGAGCUGUGGAGUGAGGCCAAUGAGGCUCAAAGCUGGGCCGUGGGCGGAGCUAGCGGAGGGGGCGGGAACGGAGGCCUCUCGGCAGUACCUACUGUGUGCUGCGUUUGCUGCCCAGAGCAGAGCCAUGAGCUGGACCUGCCCGCGUUGCCAGCUACCCGUUUACUUUGCUGAGAAGGUGAGCUCCCUGGGCAAGAACUGGCACCCCUUCUGCCUGAAAUGUGAGCGCUGCCACAGCAUCCUGUCCCCCGGGGGGCACGCAGAGCACAAUGGGAGGCCAUAUUGCCACAAGCCAUGUUACGGGGCUCUCUUCGGACCCAGGGGGGUGAAUAUUGGUGGUGUGGGCUCCUACCUCUACAGUCCCCCCACUCACACCCCUGCCAGCAGCACUUCCCUCAGCCCCAGCAGCUUCAGCCCCCCUAGACCCAGGACUGGCCUUCCCCAGGGAAAGAAAAGCCCUCCCCACAUGAAGACAUUCACUGGGGAGACUUCACUGUGCCCUGGCUGUGGGGAGCCCGUCUAUUUUGCUGAGAAGGUGAUGUCUUUGGGCAGAAAUUGGCACCGGCCCUGUCUGAGGUGCCAGCGCUGCCAGAAGACCCUGACUGCUGGGAGCCAUGCUGAGCAUGACGGCCUCCCCUACUGCCACAUCCCCUGCUACGGCUACCUGUUUGGCCCCAAAGGCGUGAACAUUGGCGACGUGGGCUGCUACAUUUAUGACCCAGCAGAGAUGAAAUCCAAAUGAGGUGCUCACAGCAGAGAUCACUCUGACUCAGGCUGCUCACCAUUCUCUCUGUGGUCCACUGGGAGCUAUAGAAUUCUUUAGUCCUAUCGGGAUGGAGGGAGGUAUAGGCCUGGGCCUAGGCUCCAUGGGAGGAAUAGGCAUGUGGGCCAGAGAACCUGGACUUUAUCUGACAACUCUUGCCUUUCCCAUUCCUAUCUUUCCUAUCUGGCCACGGGUCAUAGGCAAUCCCUUUGAAGAGUGGCCUCCUUGCCUUCCCCAUCCCUUUUGCCAGCAAACUCUGGAGGUUCGAGAUACUCAUAAAACUUGUUUAUUGAGCCUCAGCCUCCCUGGCUUCUCCAAUAAAAUGUUACCUCCCAUGACUUCAACUCUUCUUUGGGCAUGAGGCCUAGACAGUG